AGAAAGAGGGGGAGGAGAGAGGAGGGUGGAGCAAGAGAACAAGUGAGUGAGUGAGAGAGUGAGAGAGGGAAACACACACACACCCUCUACACGCCAGCUCUUACCGGAUAGACUACUCUACUCCACACAUGGUUGGAGAAACAAGAGUAACACUGUGGAGAUAGAAGAAGAGAAAGAGAAGGAGGAAUGCCAGCUCAUGGUGGAACCUACAGCUUUACAGCUUUAAUCUACAGCUCUACAGCUGGGGAUCUAACUGACCUGCAGUUCUUUCUUUCAUAAAAGAGGAGAGCCAGAGAUCAGAGGAGCUGCAUUUCUUGGACUUUUAGAGACCCCUUGCAUGAUUAGAGAAGCUCCUGAAGAUAAUGAGGUGUGUGAACUGUGACAUCCCUCUUUGGAGAUGCCAGUGAUGUCAGUGUUCGAGUCAGAUGCUAAACCAUGGGAAAUAUAGAGAGCCAGAAUGGAGACCACAGCUUAUACUUUGAGACUCAAAACCAUCUAUCACGCAAGCACAUGUCACACUCUCUCCGGAUCUCCAACAAGCAUUCACGCCGCUCUCGCAACAUUUUGUCUGGUAAAGCGGAGCACCAUGGUUCAGAAGCCAGCACCAGAUCAAGCAGCACACCCAGCAUCCCUCAGUCGCUGAGCGAAAAUGGCCUGGAGCCUUUUAAUGAGACAGAUGCACUGAGUGGACACGUCUGGGUGGAUCCGGUUGGCGUGAACCUGCGGCCCAUAUCUUUUCAUGACCAGGCUGGUGAACAGAGUACCACCCCAGGCUCAGAGGACGGAGGGGAAACAGUGGUGGGCGAUGGACAGGACGAUGAAGGCCUCAAUGAGACAGAGAAGACAUACCUGCAGAGGGUGAAUGAUCCAUCUGGUGAAGGUGGAAGCUUCAAGAACAAGAAGCGCUCCAAAUCAGCCGACAUGUGGCGUGAAGACUCGCUUGAGUUCUCGCUGUCUGACCUCAGCCAGGAACAGUUAACGAGCACAGAGGAGAUCGUCCACACCACUGAGCCUGAAAAUGGAACGUUAAACAGAGGACAUGAGGGUCACUCUGGUGAGAGGACCAAUUCUUUAGAUGAGCUGUGCACCCAGAAGACACACCGAGGCUCUAGGAAUCGCUACAAGUACAGGCGGGAUAGCAAAAGGACAGCAGCAGGGAAGAUAACCAAUAGUAUGCUGUCUCCUGGGGAAGAAGAAGGCAGUGGUUAUGGAGCAUACACACUGCCCUGCAGACGCUCUCACUGCCUUUCUGAAGGUCCUCCCAGCCAACAGGGGGCACUGUGCUCGAGCAUGCAAGGUCGACGUGCACAGACUUCACAUGACAUCACAGCAGGAGAGGGAAGUGAAUAUGGAGACAGUGGCAUUGAUGGUGUGACUGUUGAUGCCAAGCCCCAGUCGCGUCGCUGCAAGGCCAUGUCGGCUUCUUUCUCCGUGUACUCUGCAGCCAGCGUCAGGAGCAGCAGUGGUAGCAGCAGUGGAGGAGGAGGGGAUCGGGAGAGGCGGCUGGGUGAAGGCCAAGGCGUGUAUGAGAACUUUCGACAGGAGCUCGAGUUAAGCUCACGGCAGACAUACGAAAGCCUGGAAGAGGCAGGGUCGGCAGUCAGUGAUGAGAGAAGCAGUGGCACGGCGAGUUCUGCCUUCCUGUCGGAGGCACUGUUUCUCGAGACAACACAGGGUACAGUACGCAAGGCAGGUGCACUAGCUGUGAAGAACUUCUUGGUGCAUAAGAAGAAUAAGAAGGUGGAGCCGGCAACUAAGCGGAAGUGGAAGCGCUACUGGGUAUCACUGAAAGGAUGCACACUCUUCCUUUAUGAGACUGAUGGACGCUCAGGAAUUGAUCACAACAGCAUUCCCAAACAUGCAGUGUGGGCUGAGAACAGCAUCGUCCAGGCUGUUCCUGAACACCCCAAGAAGGACUUUGUUUUCUGCCUGAGUAACUCAUUAGGUGAUGCCUUUCUCUUCCAGACGUCAGGGCAGACAGAGCUGGAGAACUGGAUCACGGCCAUCCACUCAGCAUGUGCCACGGCAGUGGCCCGGCAGCACCACCGCGAGGACACUGUGCGCUUCCUGCGCGCUGAGAUAAAGAAGCUGGAGCAGAAGAUUGAUAUGGACGAGAAGAUGAAGAAGAUGGGAGACAUGCAGCUCUCAGCUGUCACUGACAGUAAAAAGAGGAAGACUAUUCUGGAACAGAUCUUCCUGUGGGAGCAGAACCUCGAGCAGUUUCAUGUGGAUCUGUUUCGUUUUCGCUGUUACUUAUCCAGCCUGCAGGGUGGCGAGCUUCCCAACCCCAAGCGCCUACUGGCUUUUGCCUCGCGGCCCACGAAGCUGGCCAUGGGCCGCCUGGGCAUCUUCUCCGUCUCUUCCUUCCAUGCCCUGGUUGCAGCACGGACAGAGAGCGGCGUUCGGAGACGGACUCAUGCCCUGUCUCGCUCUUCCAGUAAACGCAAGAGCCGUUUUUCCUCACUGUGGGGUCUGGACACUACCUCAAAGAAGAAAAGCAAAAGCAGACCCAGCAUUAGCCAGGUGUUUGUGGAUGGAGAGGAACCAGUGAAAAAAAGUCUGCAGGACAUGUUUGGUGACCCGACCAAGGAGAGCUUGGAUCAGACAGGGUCCAUGAGGAGUCUUCCUCAGCAUGCUGCAGACAGUGACGUUUGGGUUACUGAAUACCUCACACCAUCUUGGGUAAUAUUGCCCAACGAUCAGCCUGUUCUGGCAAUUAUACAGCCAGGUGAAACGACCCUGGAAGCCCUGGAAUCACUGUGCAAGGCCCACAGUCUGGAUCGGCCCAAGCACUAUCUCCGGCUGAAGUUUCUAAUCGACAAUCAAGUGCAAUUUUAUGUCCCUAAGCCUGAGGAGGAACUCUGGGACCUGCUCUACAAAGAGAUUGAAAUUUGUACCAAAAUUACCAAAGUUAUCCAGUUUGACAGAAAUGAAUCCUGUGCUAUUGGAUAUGGGUUUUCUGUAGUUGUGGUGGAUGACGAUGGCACGCAGCAGCUACAUAUUACGAACGUAAAGGCAGGAGGCAUGGCUUUCACUAAAGGUCUGAGAGCUGGUGAUGAGAUCCUGCAGUUGAACGAUAAAGAGGCGAGUGUGUUAGAGCUGUCGGACCUGAGUGCUGCGUUUGCUCAGCCUUCUCUCACACUCACCAUCAGUGCUGUGCCCUCAUCCGAGCCGUGCCAGCGAUGUCCACUGCUUCCCCGCCGCUCAGACACACCACACGAUCUCUACACAGACAUCUUCUCCCAGAGCCAAGAGGACAUCUUGGAUGAGGCCUCUGGACUUGCGCUUGAGAGCCCGGACACUGAAGACAUGGAAGAAAGUGUCAUUCUACCUGUGGAGGAUGCAGUGGAUGGUUCAGUGGCUGAGCUGGAAACUGACUCUGAACACAAGAGUACAGAGCAAAUGACUGCAUUCUGCCGCAGCCUUCAUGACAUGAAUCCUGCCGAGCCUGUUGCAUCCUCUUCCUCGUCCUCCUCCUCCUCGUGUGUCCCCAGCCCUAUCUCUGCAGUGCCUGUACCUUCCACCCAGCGCCAGCUCUCCGAUGCUGACAAGCUGCGCAAGGUUAUAAAUGAGCUGGUGGACACAGAGCGCACCUAUGUGAAGGACCUACAUUUUCUGAUAGAGAGAUACCUGACUCCUCUGCAGAAGGAACAUUUCCUGUCACAGGAUGAGCUGGAUGUGCUUUUCGGGAACUUGCCAGAGAUGGUUGAGUUUCAAGUGGAGUUUCUUAAGACUCUGGAAGAUGGAACAAGAUUGGUUCCAGAUUUAGACAAGCUUGAGAGAGUGGAUCAGUUCAAGAAAGUGUUGUUCUCUCUUGGUGGCUCUUUCCUCUACUAUGCAGACCGCUUCAAAAUUUACAGUGCUUUCUGUGCCAGCCACACAAAAGUCCCUAAAGUCCUCACCAAAGCUAAAACAGACCCUGAGUUUAAGGCAUUCCUUGCCAAGAGGAACCCGAGGCAGCAACACUCAUCCACUCUGGAGUCCUACCUGAUCAAGCCAAUCCAGAGGGUGCUGAAAUACCCUCUGCUGCUCAGAGAGCUCUACUGUCUCACCGACCCUGACAGCGAGGAGCACUAUCAUCUCAAUGUUGCUAUUAAGGCAAUGAAUAAAGUAGCCAGCCACAUCAAUGAGAUGCAGAAGAUCCAUGAGGAGUAUGGAGCUGUGUUUGACCAGCUCAUCAGCGAGCAGAGUACAGACAAGAAAGAGGUGGCUGAUUUGUCUAUGGGUGACCUAUUACUGCAUGCCACUGUGGUUUGGAUCAAUCCUCCAGCAUCUCUGAUGAAGGGAAAGAAAGACCCAGAGCUUGCUGCCUUUGUUUUCAAGACAGCCAUCGUUUUUGUGUACAAAGAUUGCUCCAAGCAGAAGAAGAAAAUUGGUACAUCUCACAGAGGCUUUGUUUCGGAUGAGAGAGACCCUUUUCGAUUCAGGCACAUGAUUCCUUCCGAUGCUCUCCAAGUCCGCAAUACUGCCAAUUCAGAUGGAACAGCUGUGUGCGAGAUAGUUCACAUAAAGUCAGAGUCUGAAGGGAGGCCAGAGAGGUCUUUCCAUCUAUGCUGCAGCUCCUCUGAAAGUAAGAGGGACUUCCUGAAAACAGUGCACUCUGUCCUAAGGGACAAACAGCGUCGGCAGCUGUUAAAGACAGAGAGUUUGCCUCUUAAUCAGCAGUACAUUCCAUUUGGAGGGAAACGCUUUUUCGCACUGAAAGGAGUCAGGCCCAUGAACAGAGCAGUUUCAACUCCACCUGGAAACCUCGGCCGAAAAAGACUUGUACGCAACCGCUUCACCAUCAACACCGACAUUGUUUUUGACAACUGCUCCAGCCAGGACUCCACAGAUUUUCCUCAGAGACAUCAUCCCUUGCCAUCCCAGAAUAAUCACCAGGCUGAUGGAGACACCAACCACUGGGUGGAGGAGCAGUUUGACCUGCAGCUGUAUGACAGACAGACGGACGUAAAGGAGACAGACAUCCUCAGCGAUGAUGAUGAAUACUGCGAGUCUGUCAAGGGUUCCUCAGCUGAGCCCAGCCUGGAAGAGUCUUUCGAAGCUCUUAUUGCUGAAGUAGAGGAGGAGCAGAAGGAGGAGGACAAAAAGGAGGAAGACAGUGCUUCCAACAGAGGUUCAAAGACCAAGCUCCCAGAAAAUUCCCUUGGCCAACUAAGGUUGACCCCGCUACGCAAGCAGUGUGCUGUAGAGGGCGAUGUGGCUCAGAAGGAGGUGGAGGUUAUCUGGGUUCGCAGAGAUGAUUUUAACAGUGGCUGUGGCACUGAUAUCUUCUGAAGUCAAUGGUGAAAGUACAAGAGAGUGAAAACAUAGGUGCAUACAGACAUGUGAGCCAGUUUUCUAUCAGUUGACAAUAAGUUUAAAGAAGCAAUGUGGGUCAGUAUCAAUGGCUCUUCAAAUCCCUGCACACCUCGUUUGGAUGUAGUGACAAUUAAAUUCUUAAGCAGUGCAUCGGGACUGUAUGAACUGACUUAAGACGCUAAAAAACAUCUGGAUGGGAUCUCACAGUGAUGUGGACUUCAUAUAAGCGUUCAUCUGGGACCUACUGCACAAUCACAUGUCUAUAGAUCCUACACAUACUGACAUGCUGCAUGAUGUGCACUCAUAUCCUGUAGGCAGCUACACUUCCUUUCCAAACCUCGUUGCCAAAAUGAUUAUUUUUGUAAAAAUGCUAGGAACGUGGGUCUGUCCUGUUUUUAUAGCUUUUGACCGCUGUUCUAUACUCAAGGGCUGUGUGUGUUCGUGAUGUCCAGGGACCCUUGGCUAAACUCAAGCCUUAUCUUACUCAACAGCACCACACAGAUCACUUUGUCCAGAGCACAAAAGCAUAAUUUUGCAAUUACGUUCCUCUGAAAGUCACUGUUUACUAUUUAGCAUUUCUCAGCGACAUCCUUGUUCCUUCCUUGCCUAUUGGUUUUACAGUAUACCCUCCAGUCCAGUAUUACGCAGCCCUGUUCACUGAAGGGAUGUUUUAAAUUAUUAUGAUGGAUCCUGCUGUACUUGAAUUUUCUAUCACGGUUGUUUUGGAAAGGUGUAAUGCCCUGAUCUUUUAGCCCUGCACACUGCAAUAACGUGAGUGCUUUUGGUUCAAGGUACCAAACUCAUCACAAUUUCUCCUUUAUAUGGUAUACUACUGAAUUACAUCCCCACUCAAAGUCAACUCUGACACACUGUAUAAUAUAACAUCACCAGUCACACUUGUAAUAUAGUGAACUACACUUGAAAAGGUUGAAAGCAGUGAAUUUGAAUUUAAUCAUGUGAAAUAUAAGGCUUUGAUGAAUUUGGACCUUUUGUUGUAUUUUAUACAAUGGUUACUGAGAUCAUGGUGGACAUAGCAUAUUACUGAAAGAGAAGUUAUAUUUUUAAAAUUAAUGUGGACAAUGUGAAAUGCAAUCAUUCACUGUAUAUGCGGUUAUGAAUCUUUUUGGCUGUGUUGUAAAAAAAAAAAAAAAAAACUUGUAAAUAUUCCUCAACUUUUACAUUGUGCAUUUUUGAAAAAUGUAUGCUCAUAGUUUUGUGAACUAUUAUUAUUGUGCUUCUUAAAUAAAACUUCUUUAUUUAUA